UAGACCAUUACAAACCCGAUUCAAUACCCCCACAGCUUUCUCGGGUCCUCUGAAGUCUGCUCCAUCUUUCUGACACUCUCUCUCUCCUUUUCUUUCUCUCUCUACACAGAUUCUCACCCGUACGAUGCCUUCCCGGAGAAGAACGCUUUUGAAGGUCAUAAUCCUCGGGGACAGCGGGGUGGGAAAGACCUCUUUGAUGAAUCAAUAUGUAAAUAAGAAAUUUAGCAACCAAUACAAGGCGACUAUUGGAGCUGAUUUCUUGACAAAGGAAGUGCAGUUUGAAGAUAGGCUCUUUACUUUGCAGAUCUGGGAUACAGCAGGCCAAGAAAGAUUUCAAAGCCUAGGUGUUGCUUUCUAUCGUGGUGCUGAUUGCUGUGUUCUUGUAUAUGAUGUUAAUGUGAUGAAGUCAUUUGACAAUCUAAACAAUUGGAGGGAAGAGUUCCUUAUACAGGCCAGCCCUUCAGAUCCAGAAAAUUUCCCAUUUGUUGUUCUGGGAAACAAGGUUGAUGUGGAUGGUGGAAACAGUAGAGUGGUUUCUGAGAAGAAGGCACGGGCUUGGUGUGCCUCAAAAGGGAAUAUUCCAUACUUUGAGACCUCUGCCAAGGAGGGUGUCAAUGUGGAAGAAGCCUUCCAGCUCAUUGCAAAGAAUGCCCUUAAGAGUGGGGAGGAAGAAGAAUUAUACUUUCCGGACACCAUUGAUGUUGCAAACAGCAGUCAGCAGAGAUCCACUGGAUGUUGCUAAACAUAUCAUAUAUUCUUUUGAGCAAUAACAAAUAUCUGCAGAGGCGCGACACAAGCAAUAUGGCUGCAAUUUGUCAUUUCUAUUUGUUUGUAAGAUACUACAUCUGAAUGUCAGUAGUGUCUACAUGAGUAGUGUCUUUGAAGUGGUUGAGCUUGAUUGUAUGGUUGCUUUUUGUAAGUACUGCUUUUGAUCCGAUAAAUUGCAUUUGCAUUUGAUUUAGCCCCAGGCACAAUUCGAUUGUUGUUGAAAGUUAAACUAGAUUGUAUGCUUCCGUAUUGUAGCUACUGGUUGAUCUCUGAUAAAGUUGCAUUUGAUUUAAA